CCUUAUCUUUGAAAGAAGAAUAAGAGAAGUAUGCCUGGUGGAGUUACACAUCAAGCUCAUCUGAUAGAAUAUUCAUAAGGAUUUUGCACAAAAUAUACAUGGAAAUAUUUUAGCACCGAGUUUAGCAUGCGAUUCGUCUUCAAUACAUUUAAGAGCUAUUAUUUUAUUAUUAUUAUGCUAUCAUUAAAUAUCACUAUUACUUAAAUGUCAUUAUUGCUAAAAUUGCUGUAAAACUACCGCAAUAACCCAUGAUGAAUUCCCCUCUUCUGUUUCCUUUGUUUAAAUGCAAAAUAUAUAUAUAAAUCUAGACAGAGAACACUUUAGUGAUCCUAUUCAGUGGAGUGAGAAUUUCCAUGGCACUGAUUAAAACAAAUCCUGAAUUGCAUGGACUUAAGAUAGCAGAGAGGGGCUUCCCCGGUGGCGCAGUGGUUGAGAGUCCACCGGCCGAUGCAGGGGACACGGGUUCGUGCCCCGGUCCGGGAAGAUCCCACAUGCCGCGGAGCGGCUGGGCCCGUGAGCCAUGGCUGCUGAGCCUGCGCCUCCGGAGCCUGUGCUCCGCAAUGGAAGAGGCCGCAACAGUGAGAGGCCUGCGUACCGCAAAGAAAAAAAAAAAAAAAAAAAGAUAGCAGAGAGGCUAAGAGAUUUGAAGUUAGACAUCCCCAAGUGUGAAUUCUACUGUGACCCUCUUCUAGCUCUAAAACCUUGAGGAAGUUACUUAAACUUUCUGAGCUUUACUACUAGUUUCCUCAUCUGUAUCUUUUUCAGGACUAUUUAUCAAGCAUCUUCCUGUUCUCUAUGCUUGGAUGUAUCAAUGAAUAAAUUAGACAAGAGCCUUUGCCUGCGUGCUCCUUCUUGCAUGCUCUCUCCCUCCUUACACUCUCGUGUGGAAACGGAUGUUAUAAAUAAAUUCUAUGCUUUGUCACAAGUUGAUGGGUGCUACGGGAUAAGGAAAAGGAUGUGAAGCUCACUGAAGAGGCUUGGGUUGGGAGUGCUGGAGGAGUGUACAGGUGGGGAAAAUGUACCAGCGUGUAUGCCUACUGGGACCACGUUUUCAGAACAGUUAAGCCCAGUGUCAACUAUGCUGUCCCACCUUCCUCGACAUCUGCAGAUAUUUAUUUGAAUUUUGUUGAAUUGUUCUCAUCAAUAUGAGAAGAGAGCAGGCUGAAUGGAAGACAGUCAUUAUGACCACUGGGGCCACUAGGGGGUGUCCAGAGAAGGUAACUACUUUGCCCGCGUCCUAAACUGCCUAGCCCUGUGGUCUUGGGCUAAUCACUAACCUGCUUAGAUACAAUUUUCUUCUCUAUGAAAUAGAAACAAUAUUAUAUGCUUUGAAGGACUGCAGGAAGAUGAGCUGUAAUGUUUAUCAAGUGCCUAAAGCUCCAGAUGGCGUCUUCCGUGGGCAACGUGGCCGACAGCACAGAACCAACGAAACGUAUGCUUUCCUUCCAAGGGUUAGCUGAGUUGGCUCAUCGAGAAUAUCAAUCAGGUGAUUUUGAGGCAGCUGAGAGACACUGCAUGCAGCUGUGGAGACAAGAGCCAGACAAUACUGGAGUACUUUUAUUACUUUCAUCUCUACACUUCCAGUGUCGAAGGCUGGACAGAUCUGCCCACUUUAGUACUCUGGCAAUUAAACAGAACCCUCUUCUGGCAGAAGCCUAUUCGAAUUUGGGGAAUGUGUACAAGGAAAGAGGGCAGUUGCAGGAAGCAGUUGAGCAUUACCGGCGUGCAUUGCGUCUCAAACCAGAUUUCAUCGAUGGUUAUAUUAACCUGGCAGCCGCUUUGGUAGCAGCAGGUGACAUGGAAGGGGCAGUACAAGCUUACGUCUCUGCUCUUCAGUGCAAUCCUGAUUUGUACUGUGUUCACAGUGACCUGGGGAACCUGCUCAAGGCCCUGGGUCGCUUGGAAGGAACCAAGGCAUGUUAUUUGAAAGCAACGAAGACGCAACCGAACUUUGCAGUAGCUUGGAGUAAUCUUGGCUGUGUUUUCAAUGCACAAGGGGAGAUUUGGCUUGCAAUUCAUCACUUUAAAAAGGCUGUCACCCUUGACCCCAAUUUUCUGGAUGCUUGUAUCAAUUUAGGAAAUGUCUUGCAAGAGGCACGGAUUUUUGACAGAGCUGUGGCAGCUUACCUUUGUGCCCUGAGCUUGAGUCCAAAUCAUGCAGUGGUACCUGCCAACCUGGCUUGUGUAUACUACCAGCAAGGCCUGAUAGAUCUGACAAUAGACACAGGCGAGCUAUUGAAUUGCAACCACAUUUCCCUGAUGCUUAUUGCAACCUAG